AUGAGGGCUACCUUCACAGGGAGAGCUGCCUUCGCAAGGAGUGCUGCCUUCGCAAGGAGUGUUGCCUUCGCAAGGAGUGCUGCCUUUGCAUGGAGUGCUGAGUUCGCAAGGAGUGCUACCUUCGCAAGGACUGCUGCCUUCGCUAGGAGUGCUGCUUUUGCACAGAGUUCUGCCUUCGCAAGGAGUGCUGCCUUCGCCCGGAGUGCUGCCUUCGCAAGGACUGCUGCCUUCGCAAGGAGUGCUGCCUUCGCAAGGAGGGCUACCUUCACAGGGAGUGCUGCCUUCGCAAGGAGUGCUGCCUUCGCAAGGAGUGUUGCCUUCGCAAGGAGUGCUGCCUUUGCAUGGAAUGCUGCCUUCUCAAGGAGUGCUGCCUUCGCAACGAGUGCUGCCUUCGCAUGGAGUGCUGCCUUCGCAAGGAGUGCUGCCUUCGCAAGGAGUGCGCCCUUUCGCACGGAGUGCUGCCUUUGCACAGAGUGCUGCCUUCGCAAGGAGUGCUGCCUUUGCACAGUGUACUGCCUUCGCAAGGAGUGCAGCUUUCGCACGGUGUGCAGCCUUCGCUAG